AAUGCAAAUAAGUUGAUCACUAAAUGUCAGUGCUGUGGUUGGAUGGUACAGAUUAAGGGGCAGUAUUAUUAUAAUAAGAUCCCCCUCUGACAUCACAAGGGGAGCCAAAUUUCAUUGAGCUAUUUUUUUCACAUGUUGCUAAGAGAAUGGUUUGAAAAACUAAGUUACUUGGUUGAUCUUUAUCACAUUUUUAUCACAUUUUCUAGGUCUCUCCAUAGCAUAUCAUAAUUGUUCACAACAUCAAAGAAAACAGUAAAUACACUUUAUUAUCUUUCUUCUGAUUCCAGGCGUGUCUUAACAUAUCAUAGCAUUAUGAACAACUGAUCACUUCAACCAUUAUUAGCACAAAUUCAUUGUUAUUCACCGUUAGCACAUCUUGCUUUGUCACAUUCUGUUCACAUCUUUCAAUAUGUUUAUCUCUAUUUUCUUUAUUUCUUGCUUUAUUAACAUAUUUUUCCCUUGAUUUCUUCACUGUUAUGGUAUACAGAGGGGAAUGACACAGGAGUAAAAGCAGAUAUGGUUGUUUAUUUAAAACAUUGUCUGAUAGGUUCAUAUGGCAGUGUAGGUGAUUGCAGAUGGUAAUGUAGACAGAUGAUGAUGAUGACAAGCAAAUCACGUAUUGACAGAAACAGAUAACAAAUAAGACAUUCCUUAUAUUCAAACAGUUGAAGACAAUGGCGAAGAUGAAGAUGACAUUACAUGUGACCAUGUGUUUAAAAAAGAAUCUAAAGACAAUCUACAAACAAUAGAUUUACUAUUUACUAUUGGUAUAUAGACAUAAUUUUAAAAUAAUUUAAAUUCAAGUGCAAAAUCUUCAUCUUAAAUACCUUAAAAAUGUUAUUAUAAUUCUGGAUGGCUUGGACCACUGCAACAAAUUUUUAUGAGUUUUAAUUAAUGGUAAGCCAAAUGAAGAAGCGAAAAAAAGUACACCCACACAGCAUCACAAACAGAAGUGUGAAGUUUAGUAUGCGUGACUCUGUACUAUGUAUGAAGGGCAUCUGUUCCUGUUAACAUCAAUCUCACUGUCUGACUUUAUCUCUGCACAAAACAAUCAAAUAAAAAUUCUGUUGUCUGUUGUGAAUUAUAGUUAAUAACAAUAUGUCAAGAAGAAAUGUGAAAAUACAGGAAUAUAUUUGGGGACUGGAGACUCAUUUUAAUGUAUUGAGUUACAGAAAACAUGUUUGUGUUUUUCCUGUCUAGAUAUGUGACUCGACUAAAUUCAUUUCCACUGAAUGUGAUUUUAUUUCAUGUGUGAUGUGGGUUUAUGAAGGUUUUAGAAAUUAACUGUUCUUAAAACCUAUCUGUUUGAUUUGUGUAAAACCUCCUGUGGUUGAUAUUGGUAAAAAAUGUCUCAAUAUAUUGGCUAAAAGGUUGCAGUUAUGUAACUCUCUAUAUUAUAUCGCAGCUAUAUGGCUUCUGUAUUAUUUUAAAAGUUCAAAUUGUGCGGAACACGUGACUUAUCAAAUCGCACGUUGGGUUAAGCAGAGUAAAGCGCAUUCCCGGUCAUAUUUUUGCAAUACAACAACAAUACAAUGAGAAACAUGCAAUUAAACAAAACUAUACAAUUUUUACACAGUCAACAAGCCAGAGUUGAUAAUAAAUAAGCUUUCCGCCAACUGACAUUCCCAAAAAAUAGAAGUCCAAAAAAAACGAGCUGCAGAAUAAACAAUUCUAUUAAAAUUGUUUCUAAUAUAGCUAUUUGUGACUCUGUUUUGCAAUAUUUUUCAAUUGAAUUUUAAUUGAAUAAUUACAUUUUAGCAAAAAUGCAAGAAAAACACCCAUUUGUAUAAACAAAUGAUUUGGAAAACGAAUGCCAUAUACUAUCUUUAUUCUUUAGAUAUAGAAUAAUCCAACUUAUUUUAAAUACCUUGUUUAAUGUGUCAUAACUCAGUACUUCUAAGCCACCGUGAUCUUUGAAAUUACACUGUAAAAAAUUGCUGUUAAAAAACAGCCAAAUUUAACAGUAUGAUUCUGUUUUUUAACAAAAACAGAAGUAUACUGUUAAAUUCUGCAUUCUGUAAAAAAACAGUUUUCAGAAUAAUGUGAAUUUACAGCCCUGAGAGUCCACCGUUAAAGACUGCGUCCCAAAUCACACCCUACACCCUCAUUCACUAUUCCCUACAUUAGUUUCCUAAUGAUCCACCUGAAAUCAACCGUGUGUCUCAAUUCGUUCCCUAGCUCCCGAGGUCGUGAAUCAGUAUAUCGUGUACACAGGUUCGGCCACUGGUAAGGACCCUAGCUCACUUCACAUUGGGACAAUGUUCACUUAUUUUUCUGUCACGUGGCUGCUUAGCGCGUUGUGAUUAUUCACAGCUGUUACUCAUCAACAACCGGCAAAACCAACAUCUCUCUGACUUAAUUUUAAAAAACAGUACAUUGUGGAAAAUGCUGUCAUUAUUCUCUUACAUAUCGGUGCAUAAAAUUGGAGGCAUAUAAUUACAUUUUAAAUGUAAUAAAUAUAUUUACAAUUUUAAAUAAAUAUUAUUAUUUUAAAUAUUGAGUAGAUUGUGGUCCCUUACUGUGUAGCAAUGUGUGUUUAUAUUUACAACUAAAACAAACGUUUGUCUUUAUAAAAGUUCUGUAACAUUUCAUAAAGUUUAUUGAGUUGGAUCACAUGAUGUUCGGGUGGCGAGCGUCAGAAAAGGUCACGUGAUUUCCGGUUAGGGAACAUAGGGAACAUCGAUGCUCACUGGUUUUUGCGUUGCAUUGUGGGAAUUUUUAGGGAACGAACGUUCCAGUGCACUGAACGGAUUUUGCGAUUGAGACAGCCCUUAAAAUGGCCGACUCCCUGAUCAGUGCCCUGACUACUGAACAAGGGAGCUGAUUGAGACACACGGCAAGUCAAUGAGUUCAAGUACUGAAGCAUUAAUGAUGGACACCUGCUGCUAAUAAACAGAAUCACUAAAGAAAAGAGAAAUAAAAAGAGAAGAUAUGAGCAUAAAUACUUACAGACACAAAGACUUAAAUGAACAUCAACUGAAAAUAACAGAACACAUUAAAUCUCUCCAUAUAUCACCAGAGGAGAAUUAAACAUUUACACAAACACCAUUACCAUCUUCACUUAUAAACCACUUUGACUUUAUUUCUGUUAUACAUUUACAAAAGUUCUUACUGAGAACAAACAGGUGUUUACUAGACUUUACAAGCAUUUUCUUUAAAGUCACCAUUAUUGUGAUCACUGUUUUCAUUAGUUGGGCUCUUGACCUGGUUUUCAGUUUGGUUGCUGUAACUGUGUCUUUAUGAUGCAUGUUUGUUAUGGCAAAGAAAACUAAGAGAUGAUAGAGUCUUGUAAGUGAAGAUGUUAAUAUUGUUUGUGGAGUUGUUUGAUGAUCUUCUUGUGAGAUCUUAGAAAAUCUGAGUAAGUUUGAGUCUCAUCUAAGUCUGUAAAUUGAGUUUCUGCUUGUUUUCUCUUUAAUUCGGUUCUUGUUCAUCUUUCAUUCAGUGAUUGUGUUUGUUAACAGCAGCUGUUCAUCAUUAACUCAAUCAUCACUUCAUUAUCUCAUUAACUUCAACAUUGGCUCUGUUUCUUUUACUCUUUGUAGUGUGGACACAUUAAGCAGUGUUCUUUUGACACCAAGGAUUUUGCGAUGGGGUUUAAAGGGUUAAAUGUGUAAGAUAUAAAAACACAGAAUGCUAAUGUUUUUUAACAGUCCGAAGGAGACCGUAAAAAAACAUUAUCUUACUGGCAACCAAGCUGCCAGUUGAUUACCGUUAUUUAACAGAAUGUGCUGUUAAAAAACAGAAAACUUAACAGUCAAAUUUGCAUACAGAAAUAUGUUAAUUUCACACAGACAUUGGAGAAAAGUCCUUGUAUUUUCUUUUUUUUAUUAUGUUAACUUAAAAACUGAUCAGGGGAUUUACACAAGAUGAUAAUGUGAGAGAUUUCUUAGUGUUUAAUGUUUUGUUUUGUCAGGAUUUGGCUCAGUUUUUGGGUUACCAUUGUGCUGAAGAGUAGUGUGGUUGUUUAGGUCAAGGAUGGGCAGUAGAUCAUUGAUGUUAUGCUGCCUGUUGUUUUAUUUUAAAGCAGUAACUUUGUAGUUUGCUCGUGAUGAACUACAUGAGAUUUGUGUGAAAGUUUAAAUGUUUGGAGUUUAAUUUUAGGAGUAAUAUUUGUGUUCAAUGGACUCAAAUGAAUUAAGUUCACAAUACUAACACCACCAUUUAAAUAUAUAUAAACUUGAAUGGAUCCUGCAAUUGGUUUCCUAAAUGAAAUGAGUUUCUUUCAGGGCAUUAUAACAUUAACAUACUGUUAAAAUAGGGGAGCUGUAAAUUAACGGAAGCAGAACAGCUGUAAUUUAGAAUACGGUAAUUAAACCGUAAAAUUACGGUUCACUGCUGGAACCCCAGCUGCCAGUACUUUAUCGUAAAAUUACGGCGAAAUUUUUUACAGUGUACAUAAGAUUUCUUUUUUUAGAUAUUGUGGUUUAUUUCUCCAAAUAAACUGAAAAAGCAUUUGAUCUAAUUUUGUUACUGAUCUAGAAAUCCCUUCAGCUUUUGACAAUAAUACCCAUCCCUUUGCAUCCAAAUAUUAAACCUCUAACUAAUUUUAAUUGGGUUAAAAUUUUAAUUAUUCCAUAAAUGUUCAUCUUUACAAAUCAAUUCACUGCCUUAAAGAUUUCAUUUCUGUCUUUUAAAAAACAAAGUGGUGUCGUCUGCAAACUGGCACAAUUGCUUUAAAUAAAAAAACUGUGCUCUAUAGUUUCUAAUGCCUUGUGAAAAUCGAUAAAUAAAAUAAAACUAUUAUCUAAAAUAUAUUCAUUAUAGUCUACCAUAUCUAGAACCAGUCUAAUGUUUUUACUAAUGUAUUUAAAUCCUUUUUCCAUUCUUUUGGCAAAUAUAAACGCAAACAUUUUUGCAUCAUUGUUUAAUAAACUGAUGGGUCUCCAAUUCUCCAAAUGAAAAUAAUUUUUGUUUAGCUUUGGAAUUAGGGUAAUGACACUUUUUUUUAAAGAAGUGGGCAAUUCAGCAAAGCCUCUAUGUACUGACUUUUUCCUUUUCUCAGUCGAAACCUCAGUUGACACCCUUGGACACCCAGAUAAUGAAACACGAUUGAAGACUUCAUUACAUUUGUGUCUUUGAUAUAAAUAACUGUUGAAUAUGAUCCAUGCAUUUAUUCUGAUGUGUUUUUGUCUUCUAGUGGGUGUGUUUGGUGAUGAAGUGAAGUCAGUCCCAGUGUUUGAUGGAGGUUCUGUUACUCUAAACACUGAUAUUAAUGACAUAAAGAGAGUUGAUUUGAUCGAGUGGAGAUUCGAAACGAUCCGCAUCGCCAGAAUCAAGAGAUCUGAUGAUAUCAAUCCAAAAUAUGAUGAUAAUAAUGAGACUCAAAGAUUUUGGCGCAAACUGAAGCUGAACAGUCAGACAGGAGAUCUCAUCAUCACAAACAUCACAUCUGAACACACUGGACUUUAUCAACUACGGGUUGUAAUUCUUAGCGUAGAGACAAUCAAGAGAUUCAAUCUUACAUCUUAUGCUCCUCUCUCCGUUCCUGUCAUUACCAGCGUCAUGUCACAGUGUUCACGUUUACAUUGUGCCUUAUUGUGUUCAGUGAUGAAUGUGAGAGAUGUGAGUCUGUCCUGGUACGAAGGAAACAGUUUAUUGUCCAGAAUCAGUGUAUCUAAUCUCAACAUCAGACUCUCUCUACCUCUGGAGGUGGAUUAUCAGGAUAACAACACAUACAGCUGUGUGGUGAACAAUCACAUCAGCAACCAGACAAAACAUUUCUGCCUUGCUGAUCUCUGUCAGCCGUGUUCAGAUGUCGUCCGCGCUAGUGAUAGUGCUGAAGCUGUUCUGAUACUGCUGAUGGUCCAGUUGGCUGUCAGUGUUUUGAUGGUUGUUGGUGCUGUUGUGGUUCUGGGUUAUGACAUUAAAUCCAGAAGAGAUGAACAGAAGAGAAAAUCACAAACAUCACCAGCAACAUCUGAUGAAUGAGAUUCUAAAACAACAAUCAACUCAACAAUAUCACUAUUCUUACCAUCAGCUAGUUUAUGGAUUUAUAAACAGUGUCUGUUUCUUAUCAUCACAUCAUCGACUACAUUUACAUGUACACCAAUAAUGUGAUUAUUUCCAAUACUUAAUCAGAUGUUUACAUGACUGAAGCUCCUGUUUACAUGCAGUAUUUAUUUUCUGGUUGUUCGCUAAUGAUUGUGAUUAUUAUUUACACACAGCCCAAUGCAGAGCACAAAAUAUGAACUCACAUAUACUGUACACUGUUUAAAUACUACUGUUAGACCUUUCUUUAUUUGUAAUGUUGUUCUUUUCAAUUUUAUAUGCUUAUAAAUUCUUAAUUUGUUAUUUUA